AUGUCACUACAGCAGUUAGGUAUUGAAUUUGUUGAGGCAUUUCAGAAUGCUGAUUACACAAAAACCUCGACGAUUUUACCCAAGAUCAAGAUCGAAUUGGCUCGUGCUGGGCUAAUGGUGCCAACUAAUGCUUCUUCUAAACAAGAUCUGCUCGCAGCACGACAAGUACUUGAAUUAGGAGUUCUGGCCUGUAUUCAUAAUCGUGAUGAAGAUGAACUUAAUAGAUUGGUUGCUCAAAUUAGACCAUUUUAUUCCAAAGAAUUGGGACUGCCUCGAAGUGAAAACGAAAAUAAGCUGAAUGGCCUUUAUUUGUUACUCUUAGUUUCCAAGAAUGAAAUUGCUGAAUUUCAUACCGAAUUAGAGACUUUGGAAAACGCUGAGAAUGACGAAUAUUUAGCGUAUCCUAUUAGACUUGAAAGAUGGCUGAUGGAAGGUUCCUACGAUAAGGUCUGGAAGGCAAUUACCCAGAAGUCACAGUUCCCCUCUCCAGAAUUUGCCAUCUUGGCUGAAUCUCUUGUUUAUACAGUUCGCAGUGAAAUUUCUGUUUGCGUUGCAUCUGCCUAUGAGUCUCUGCCACUGUCCAAUGCUCGUCAUUUACUUUUCUUCUCCACAAAUCAGGAGAUCAUCGAUUUUGUUCAUGAACAACCAGGAUGGGAGCUUCAUGAUGGUCGUAUUUCGUUCACUAAGGCGGCUGCAGCUGCUGAUGGUGACUACAUGGAUGAUGGGAGUGCUAUUAAUGGCGAAAAUUCAACUACCGAGCGUCUUAUUGCAAAUACUUUAGGAUAUGCUCAGCAAAUUGAAACCAUUAUUUAG